AUGGAAAAUCUGUACUCGGACGACUACCGCUUUGAGCCAGACGUAUUCAUCAAGAAUGAAUCGGCCGCUGCAUCACCGCGCGCGGCGUCCUAUACACCCAUUCCGUCGACAGAGACUGCAGACAUAACACCAUCAUCGACGCGCGCGUCACCACCCAAGAAAAAGGGCACUGCGGCCACCGUCAAGAAAGCCCCUAAGCGGCCCAAGUCAACGCUUCCAAAGAAGCGUAGAAAGCCCAAGACCGGCACCGACGACGGCUCGGCCGCCGACGAUGACUCGGACAAUGGGCCCUACUGCUUGUGUCAGGGUCCCGACGACCACCGCUGGAUGAUUUGCUGCGAGGGAUGCGAUGACUGGUUCCAUGGCGAGUGUAUCAACCUGAGCAAGGAGGUCGGGGAGAAUCUCAUCGAAAAGUUCAUCUGUCCACGCUGCACGACCAAGCAGUUCCGGUCCAUAUACAAAAAGAGCUGCAGCAUGGGCGCCUGCAAAAAGGCCGCCCGCCUGCGCCAGAGCCCGCCCAGCUACUUUUGCUCCAACGAGCACGCGCAGGCCUGGUGGGAGCGCCUCGUCGCCAGACUGCCCAAGGCGGCCAAGGGGGGCAGCAGUUUGACGGACCAAUUAUCCCAAGAGGAGUUCAUGGCGCUUUUGUCUAGCGGACUGGCGACUGUGGACGAGAAUGGAUUCUGGACCAUGACAGCGGCGCCAUUCGCUACUGACCAUAGUAAAGGAGACGAAAUUGACAACAGCCUAGACUCGAUUCUCAGCGAAGAGGAGAGAAGCUACGUCGAGCAAGCCGCCAACACGCGGCAGCAGCUCGAGGCCGAGACGCUGCUGUGCCACAAAAUGCUCACGCUCAUCGAGAUGGCGCAGGAACGCCGUCGCGCCGCCAUCGCCGCGGGCCGCCUUGGCGAUGAUAUGUGCGGCUACGACCAGCGCCUCGACACCAUCUCAGCGCGCGACGCCUUUGCCGCCUACGCGCGGUCCCCCGAGGGCGCAGCGACCCUGGCGCCAGACGGCAGCCUUGACGACCCGCUGGGCGACGGCGACCCCGUCCGCGGCAUGUGCGAGCGCAAGCGAUGCAAGACGCACAGUGGCUGGCAAAAGGCCCUCGCCCUCGGCAUCCGCCACCAGAUUCGCGAAAUGGCCGCCCAGUCCGAGGCCGAGGAGGCCGCCGAGCGCAUCGUUCGCCAGGCGGCGGCCGAACGCUGGAAGAGGAAGCAGUCGGAGAAGAACUGGGUUGAGAUCCUCGACGAGUGA